AUGGCAUUUGGAUUUGGUUUAUUAGGUUCACCACAAGGUAAGAACAAUAACAAUAAAAAUAAUAAUAAUACAAAUGGACUCUAUGAAUUUACUCCAAUAGGUAAAAAACGAUCAAAUGGAGAAACUUCAUUCCAAGUUUUACAUAGUUAUCCACCAGAAUCAAAUCAACAACAACAAUUUACAAAUCGAAGAAAGUUAUUUCAACCGCUAAAAGAAUCAAAUAUAUUAUAUAACCAAUCUCCAUCUGGAUUAUUUGAUGAGACAAUAGAUGAUUUUGAAAAUAGCUCACCAAGUAAAACUCCACAACAAUUUAAAGCAACAAAAGCAACAAAUACAACAAAUCUAAAAGAAAGGUAUGAAUUCAAUGGUCAAGAGAAUGGAUUUGCUGCUAAACAACUGGAAGAGACAAUAAAAGAAUUACGCGGGGAAAACUAUGGAUGGAAAAUAAAAUAUAAAGAAUUACUAAGGUCAUUAGAAAACAUGCCAUUAAGUGAAAAAGAAAUUAGGGUGGAGAAUAUAUCAUUGAAAGAAACAUUAGCAUUAUUAAACCAGGAAAUUCAACAAUUGAGAAAUGAAAAUAAUAAAUUAAAUACUGAAAGAGAAAUACCAGUUGAUCAAGAUCCAAAUGAAGUUCACCAGUUAAAACAAAAGAUAAACGAGUUAAAUAAUACAUUAUUGGAAGAUGAUGAGCUAAUUAGAGCUUUAAAACAGGAACGUGAUGGGUUUGCUAAUGAAUUACAUGAAAUUCAAGAUUUUAUUAAACAUUCAGAGGUGGAAUUUGAUAAAGUAGUUCAACAAGAAAAGCUAAAUCGUGAAGAAAUAAAGAGUUUGAGGAAAACAAUAGAAAAUUUAAGAGAUGGACAAAGAAACGAUAAAGCAUCAAAUCAAAUAAUUGACAGUUUGAAUGAAGAACUAAGAAAUUUAAAAGAAGGUGAAAGAGGUUCAACUAAAGAAAUUAGAAAUUUGGAAGAGAAGAUAUCUGAGCAAGCUCAUUUAAUACAAAAUUUACAAUCUACAAUUGCUGAAAAAUCAAAAUCUGUAAAUCAAUUGGAAUCCAAAUUGGAAACUCAAAAAUCACAACUACAUCAUAACAGUUCAGAAGAAAGAGAUUAUAAUAGAAAAGUGCAGCGAUUACAAGAAGAAUUGGAUCAUAAACAAAGGGAAAUAGAUCAAUUUGAAGAACUUAUUGAACAAUUGAAAUAUGAAAAUCAAAUGUUGAGUAAUAAUUUAAAAGUCGCAAAAGAUAAACUAUCAAAAGCUUCAGGAGAUGAUUUAACUACUAGACAAUUACAAGAUUUAAAUGAUGAAUUGAACGAACAACUCAUGAUGGAAAAGAGUCAGAUUCAAAGAUUAAAAAAUAGAUUGAAAGAAUCAGGUCAAUCAAAUGAUCAAAUAAAUUUCUAUGAAGCAGAAUUCGAAAAAGUGAAAAAAGAAUUAGAUGCCAAAUCUGAAGAAUUACAAAAAGUUAAGUCAAAAUUACAAGCAGUUGAUAAAGAUUCACAUUCUUAUAAAAAUAAAUUUGUUGGUCUUCAAUCAUUAAUUGAUGAAAAAGAAUUUACAAUUCAAAAUAUAAGUAUCAAAUUAUCUCAAUUGGAAAAGGAAAAUGCAAGAUUAAAAGACAAAGUUAACAAAUUACAAUCAUCAUCAGACAAUUACAACUCCAUUCAUCAAGAUAAUUUAGAAUUAGAACAUGAAUUAAGUUCAUCCAAGAGAGAAAUAGACAAUUUAAUGAACCAGAUUAGAAACUUAAAAUUACAUCGAAGUCACAGAGACGAUAGGUCAGACGACAUUGAAAGACUUAAAGAAAAAGAAGCAAUAUUGACAGAUGAAAAUAGAUGGUUAAGACAGAAAUUAGAUGAAAGUAUGGUUAAUUUCAAUUAUGAAGAAUUACAUCAAGAUAAUAUUGAAUUACUGGAUAGAUUAAGAAAACUGGAAUUUGCACAAGCAUUAUUAGAAGAAGGUUUAAGUAAAUUAGAAGCUGAAAAUAAUGAAUUAAUUGAAACUUUGAAAUAUCAAGAACAUCAAAUUGAAUCAAAAGUAAAUCAACAAAUACUUGACUUGAAAUCUAAAUUACGUGCAUGUGAUGAAUAUAUAGAUAAACUUGAAUCAGAUUUAAGAUUAGAAAAUACAAAUCAUAGACAAUUAAAUGAUUUAGAAUUUCAAUUAAAACAAUCAAAAGAAUUAAUUGCAAGUCAUGAAAUAAAAUAUAAAGCAUUACAAGAUGAAUUAAAUAAAAGAAUUGAAAAAAGUUCAAAUACAAGUGAAGAAUUUCUUAAAUUUCAACUUAAAUCAGUUAAAGGUGAUUUAGAAAGCAUUACAAAUAAAUUAAAAUCAACUGAAGAAAGAUUCAAAUCUCAACUUAAUGAAUUGGAAGAAAAUAAACAAAUUACAGAAAAUCAAUUGAUGGUAGUUAAAUCCAAGAAUAGAGAUUUGGAAAAAGAAUUAAGUUUCAGUGAACAAAGAGAAAGAAAAUGGUUAAAUAAUUGUAAGACUAUUGGUAUUAAAUAUUCAAAUUUGAAAAAUCUUACAGACAAAUCAGCAUCACCAGAAUAUAUUCAAUUCCUAAUCAAAGAAUCAUAUUAUUUUAGACAAAGAUAUCAAGAUUGUACACUUGCCAAAAGAAAUCUAAUAUUCAUGUAUAAUUUUGUCCUUGAUAGAAUAAGGAAUACAAAUAUUGGACUAGAUAAUAAUAACUUGGUAAUUACUGGAAUUUAUCCACCACCAAAUUCAAAAACAAAAUUAACAUUUAAAGCAUUAGCUAAAUUUGUACUUGCAUCAGUUAUAUUAAAAAACAGAGGUAAACAACAUGGAAAAAGAAGUGAAGCAUUAGACAGUGUUAGAACCGAUUUAAAAGUUGCUAAAAUUCAAUUUAAAUAG